GCUCUCUCAUUCGGUAGGCUGGGUGUGUUGGACAGAGCGCUGAGACGAUCAGAGGAAGCAGAGAGAGAAUUGCUGUGGAGGAAGAGGAGGACGAAAGAAAGCCGUAUUGGAUCCGGAAUAAAACUCCAGUUCGGCUUCUGGUUUCAUGCUUUAAAGACGCUUCCGGUCUCUGUUUUUAAACGGGAAUCAAGCUUUGUGGUUUUUAAAGUAAAGACCAGUAUCUGUCAUUCAGUUACAAAGACAAGUGUGAUUUCUGGCUCCAAAGUGAAAUCCAUAUUCUGGAGAACAGAGUCUGUUCUUUGAUUUUUAAGACUGAAUCUGGAUUUUUGGCAUCUUUUCUGAGCACUGCAGAUGAAGGAGAGGGAGAACAGUUUCUGUCCUCUUUCUCUGUUUGGAGGCUGAAGCAGCAGAGCAGAUGGACUUCCUGGUUGAUUGGGUGUUGGUGUGACCUGGCAGAUAGAGGUGUCACCCUGAAGCUUCAGCAGAAUCGAUGUGACAGACAUGAAGAUCUUGUACAACUAUGGACAAAACUAUGUGGAGAGUCUGGUCUAUGCUACACUGUCCAGUCUGGUUCUGGUUCUCCUGGGACUACUGGGCUCGGUCCACGGCUGUCCUGGUAUCUGCAGCUGCUACGGAAACACCACUGAUUGCUCUGCUGUCGGCCUCGUCUCUCUGACACCAAUCCUAGCACUUCUGGAUCAAGACUCUCUGAUCCUCCGCCUGUCCCAAAACAACCUCUCCUCUCUGGGCACUACAGAACUGUCCAACUGCAGCAACCUGGAACUCCUAGAUCUUUCCCAGAACCACUUUUCCACCUUGCAGCCUGGAGCUUUUUCAGGCCUGACUGGUCUGCGCUGGCUCAACCUCUCUGCUAACUACCUCGGAGUGCGCCUCACAACCUCUGACCCCAACAAUAGCGUAGAGGUUAUCCACGGCUUAAACAGAAGUCAAGGAAGCAUCGGCCUGAGCAAAGAGGUUUUCAGGGGGCUGUGGCAUCUGCGAGGGCUCGACCUGUCUUCUAACGGCCUCCUGUGGCUGCCUAAAGGCCUGCUGGAUGGGCUACAAGGGCUGUCCUGGCUUUCUCUCGCCAGCAACAGGCUUGCGGCCCUUGACAGAGUCACCUUCGAGCCCUUGGUUGGGCUACAGCAGCUCCAGCUCGCGGGAAACCCUUGGGAGUGCGACUGUAAGCUGAGGGAUUUCAAGCACUGGAUGGAGUGGUUGAUUUACAGGGAUGGGCAGGUAGAUGCGAUGCGGUGCAGUCUCCCCGGGAAUCUGAAGGGCAGGGACAUCCGCAGCGUGCCAGCAGAGAUGUUUAGCUACUGCCUGCAGAGUCAGACCAAGGAAGGCCCGCCAGGUUACUCGACCCGGCCUCCCUGCCCGCCCGGACGGGUCAGCAGCAACGAGGAAUGCGUCCGCCAGCGAUACCGACCCGUCAGCGUCCGCAGAGCCCACGGCACGCAAAUAAUAGCAGGUGUUGUUUGUGGCACGGUUUGUGUUAUGAUGGUGGUUGCGGCGACCUACGGCUGCGUCUACGCCUCAUUGAUGGCGAGGUACCAGAGAGAGAUGAAGAGCCGGGGUCAACCUCUGAUGGCCGAGUCUGGAGGCGAGACAGACCUGGAGGAUGGACAAAUGUCAUCUCCAACCUCACCAGACGAGAUGCCACCUAAAGAAGCAUGUGGCAUUGUGCAUGGGUAUCGAAUCAGCAGCUUCUGACCCACUGCUGCUUCUGGAUCUCAUAUGAGUCCAGAUGGAUCCUGCUGCCUCAGCUCCUCAGCUCUUAUCACUGAUGAGAGAACGUCUUGGGAGAGAAACCCUGUGGCUCUAUGAUUGUGCUGAAAAUCUCUGGGCAUGGACUGAUUGUACACCUAAUGGACUUGACUCAAUUCAGAGAAGCUGGAAUGCUGCAGCACUUCUUUUAAUGUAUGGAUGCUCUGUGAAUUGUUAUUCCCUGCGCUGCAUCUUUCAGCCAGCUUUUAAACUCCUCUGAAGCUGCUAUUUGGCACUUCUGCACCUUGACUUCCCUUCAUCUGUGUUUUUCUUUCUUCUUCAAAAAUAUUAAACUACCUUUUUGUUCAAGGCGUCUGUCUUUGUACCUGAGCCCAACAAGCACAAAUCUCAUGUGAAUCAGUGAAACGUGACAUUUCUCCUGUUGUUUGCUGCACAAAUGUUCUUUUAUCUUGAUUACCCUUUUCUGUUCCAUGUGAUACUUAACACCUACAUUUUAAGAAGUAUUUCUAUUAGUUGAAUACCCUGUUGCAUUCUAUCAGAUCAUUUAAACCAUAUCAGAGUGGCGUUGCUUCCAGAGAAAUGCUGCUUCAAGCUUUGUUACUCAGAUAAACUGCAAUCAAACCCAAACUAGAGCUGUACUGCCACCUAGAGGGCAAGCUUUGAGCUACAACAGCUUCCAAUUCAGCACAAACUCAGAUGCUCAGACAUAUGGUUAAGACAACAAUUAUAAUCCCAGCAGUGCAAAAGUAAAAUAAAAUGAAAGAUGACGUUAUGAGGAUGUUUGCAGAAAUGAAGUGUAACCUCCAAAUGUGUGUUUUUGAUUUAUUUUGUCCAUAUUUUCUGUGGAAAGCACAUCAAACGUAUCAAAUUUAACUUGAGGACUGUUAAUGAUGCUGAAAAUAAUAAACUAUAUUUAUCUAAAAA